AUGGGUGAGGACGUUGACGCUGUUGGCGACCCCGGCAUCGGCGAUGGCCAUCGACGCAGGGGCGAAGCUGCCGGUGCCACAAGAAACCGGACGGACCACAAAGAACGGAGGAGGCCAUCUCGAGCAGAUAAUACCCAAGAUGCCCACGACAGCGACGAAGACGACUCAGAUGCCGGGUCUGAUUUCAGCUCCGUCUCUGUUGACGAGCUCCCGCCCAUCCGGGCUUAUGGUCACACAUACCACGGUUCCGGUGUACUACUAAUGCCGAAUGACGAAUCCGAGCGAGCCCGUCUAGAAAUUCAGCAUCAACUAUUCAAGCUAUGUCUAGAAGGUGGUCUGACGGCGGCGAAGCUCCCCAAGGACAGACCUCUCAACAUUCUUGACAUUGGUUCUGGGACCGGCAAUUGGGCCGUUGAGAUGGGCGAGCAGUACCCUCUGGCCAAGAUCAUGGGAAUCGACAUCUCCGCCGCGCUCUUACCCACGACUGUACCGGCCAACGUCGCCUUUGAAGUAGAAGAUGCAAACCAUGACUGGGCUCGUGAGAAGGACAGCUUGGACUUUGUGCACAUGAGGAACCUCGUCGGCGGGGGCGUCUCGGACUGGAAGGCGCUUUUCCGGCAAGCGUACGAACAUCUCAAGCCCGGUGGACAGAUUGAGUUCGCCGAAGUGAGGACGAGGUACUUCGACCUCAUUGACAGCAGCGGAGACGAGCCCAUUGCGUCCACGGCUGAAGAGGAGAAUCACGGCGGGAUGACGGCAUGCCGCGAGUUCGAGGUGCGGUUCUCGGAAAUGGCCAAGAUUGCAGGCGUGGACUUUGACCCGACGCCAAAGAUUCCUGCCAUGUUUUCUGAAGUUGGUUUUGAGAAGGUGGCGCGUUGGUCGGAUCUGGUUCCCAUACAGGCUGUGGGACAUGAUGAAAAGAUGGUCAGAAAAGGAGCACAAUUUGCUCAGAUGCUGGAAUAUGGCUUGGAGAAUUACUCGUUGGCAGUCUUUGGCAGGGGCGGUUGGGAUGAGAACGAUACCCGGAGUCUCCUGAAGAGAGUCCACAAGGAGUCGCGCGAUACCGCAAACGAGGCGUAUGGCAAAGUAUCAUUUGUCACGGCGAGGAAGCCUUUGUGA